CACUGUAAGGGUUCUGAAAAUUUUCGACCCAUCUUGCGAUUCGACGAACGUCCAUUAUUGGCGUUGGGGUCCUCUAGGAAGCAGACGAGGAAGUCCGCUAGAGAGACUAAGGCGAGUGCUGCGUGACGCGGGGCGAUUUCCAGCCUCUCGUCGCUCUGCGCUUUGGUCUCCAGUUGGAGAGGCGCAUGAGUCUGUGGUGUCGCUGCCUGUCGCGAAGACGCGGAGACCUGCAGAGACGGAUGCUCUUCCAGGAGCAGUUCGAACGCAUCAAGGCCGUAUACCCUGGCACCAGCUACGUCUGUUUACUGGAUGGCGACAGCGGAGAUAUGAUGUGCGUCAUUUAAGGAGACAUGAGGGGCUCAGAAUGGCGAGACUGACAACGUUUGACUGGUGUAGAGCACAAUCAGAGACGACGGAAGUGAAUACGGACGAGUUUACUCGCACGAUUAUCAACCUCAAGGACGCCGCGCUGCAGUUCGCGGCGACGUUGAACCAGAUUGACCCGCAGGUGGUGCAUGUCAGAGGCGCACAGGGCAUGUUUUCCUGUUACGGCUCUGCUCAUAUGAUUUUGGCCUUUUAUAGUGAAAUGCCUGGUGUGGACUUGGAGCUUUUCGACUGCUUCGAAGCAGACAAGAGCAUUGAACCGAUUACGGGGGAGCUGCAUCGAAUUUUGGAUGCCAAUCAGGGUAACAAGCGACGGUAUCGCGCGUAGUUACUGACGGCAAAGGCUUUAAAUGCGCCGGUAUACCGCUUCUCAGUAUCAACUUCCCAGGCGGCGUUGACGGAGGUUGCCGUACACAGAACGCUACGUAGACGUACACCCAAGCAGCGGCAUGUCAGACGUCUUGUUGUACGCACGGAAGUGACACAUAAACCUCAUGCAGAUGAACGCUUCGAUACAGGAGAAGACAAAACCAAAGUGAAUAUAUUUAAGUGGGGACACCCCGAGCGAGUUUACACUCGUCUCUCCCCGUGGUUUCCAUGCCAAACUCGCUGUGUUCGCACGUGGAAAUCUCGUCUUGAGAAAUUUAAAAUCGCUCGUUCAUUCUACUAGCUAC